AUGGCGAGUGAUGAUUGGUAUAUCUUGGAAGAAGAGGUGACAUUAGAGACUGUUGAUGUCGAUAUUUCAAGUUGGCAUUUUGUUUGUAACAAGGAUUUAAUGGAGUCGCCAAUUGAUAAACCUUCUGAACCUAAGCCCUCAAACGAACUUUCAGAAUUUUCAACGUUAGAUGAAUUUUCUUCUCUUGAAGAAGGACCAUUAUCACCACCAGAAAAGAAAAUGAAUGUGUCAGAACACGAAAUGAAUAUUGCUAUUCCUGUUUCAACUGAUGCCGUAGGAGUUUUAGAAGAAGACACUCCAAGGUUUUCUGAACCUGAUACAGAGGAUGAUAGUUUUGUGAUACCACAAGUGCAGUUUUCAGACAGUCGAGAUUCAGAACAUCCUGUAAUGAGAAGCUUGAUGAUUGACAGUGGUCAAGGUUCCUUAGUGGCUGGAUUAUCACAGGAAGAAUUUCCUGACAUGUCUUCUGAGGAUGACCAUUUCUUGAGUAGUAGUGACGUUAGUAUACCAAUGGGUACAGGUACUUCUGAUGAGCAGACAACUACAGACACAGAAAGUGGUGAUAGAACUAUGCAGACUGUGGUUGAUAUUAAGUCUCAACCAGCUGUGAGUGAAGCCAUAGCUGAGAUCUCUUCAGACUUUGUUAGUGGAACUUUUAAUGUUUCACUUGCGCAGCAUCCUAUUGAUGAUGCCAGCACACCAAGAAGCUUGGAGGAAGAAUCCUCUCCUGAUUGUUCUCCUCGUAUGCAACAGCAAAUGCAUGAUGGGCAUGUUAUCAGUAUUUCAGGCAGGAAAGUGUCUGAAGAAUCAGCAUUGUCUGAACAUUUACUUGAAGAUGAUGUUCCUUCCCCACAACCUUUGGAAGUAGUGGAAGAACUUUCACAAUACCCAAUUGAGAAGACAGCGAAUGACCAGUCCGAAGCUAAUGCAUUUGCUAAAACUGACAACGUUAGAUCAGAGGAAAUGUUCCCAUUGCAACAGGAACAGACUAUUACUGUAGAUGAAGAUAUGGUAAUGAAGAGUGAGGACAUCAAAGAUAAUAUUGUAGUUCCAGAUGAUGAAACAAUUAACUUCCCACAAAAUAAAAGUACUGUGAGUAUGAUAAGUGAAUCCAUGGCUAUGUAUGGCAAAAAACCUAUGCACUCUUCAACACCGUUCACUGCUCAUUCAUUUGACCCAAUUGCUAAGAUUCAGUUGCCACCAGAACCUAAAGAAACACAACCAACAAUAGUAUCAGCUGAAAUCACCAUAUCUGCUCCACAACCACAGUUGGAGCAUGAAGAUGCUACUCAUUGCAAGGAAGAAUUGACUGUACCUGCAAGUGUGUCUGUGAAGAAGAAUUCAAUGAAUGGUUGCAAAAGAGAAGGUGCUGCAGUCGAAUCAACACCAAUUCUUGAAGUUUCUACUGAAUCAGAGCAGAACUCUACUGCUUCUAUUGAAGUUAAACCGUCCUCAUUCUACAUUGAGUAUCCACCCGAGUUACAGAGUGGAUCUGCUGGUGAUUUUGAAGAAGAUUCUACAAGAAAAAAAAGUGUGCAGAUAAAGGACAAUGUUGAUGACCAUGUUUGGAGCGGGAUACAAGAUCAGGGUAUAAGAGCUAGGAUUGAACAGGCCACACAUUCACUUGGUGAAGGAGAUCGUGAAAAACAUCCAGCAAAAUACAGCUAUAGCAGCUACGUCAGUCAAGAUUCACUUGCCCGAAGAGUAGCUCUACUUCUAGGAGAAGAUGUUGGUGCUGAAAUUGAAGGAGAGCUAAGAAGACAAUCAGAUUCAUUCAAAGAACCAGAAAUUGAAGCUACCACUGAUGACUAUAGUUCACUAAUGGAAACUGGUGAAGAAGUUGGAGGCGUCAUUUUAUCUGCACAAUCAAGAGAACCUAUAAAGCAUUCACUUUCCAUGGACUCCUACCAUGAAUUUAUUCCUCCUCCAGAGGAAUUUGAUGAACCCAUCAGGCGUACAUACUCUCCACCUGCUUCUGGGUCUGAUAGUGGUGAGAGUGCAGAUAGCAUAAGUAGAAAAGUUGCUCAGAUUCUUAGCCAUGAAGAUUUAGUAGAUGAUUUUAGGUUCAGAAGACCAUAUUCACCAGCUGGGUCAGAUUCUACUGGGACGACAGAUAGCAUGGCUCAAAAUGUUGAUUAUUUGACUCAUAAUGUGGAUUCCCUGUUGAAUAUCAUGCAUCUGCAAUCUAGAAAUGAUGCUGAGGGUUUUGAUCUUCCUGAUCAAACUCCCUCACCAAGUACCUUAUCUGAAGCAAGCACGUCUAGUUCUGUUAAGGCUAUAAUAGAGAGAAUUAUGUCCAAACAGGCAAGACCAGAGGGUGAUAUUUUUAAUGGAAGUGGCUUUAUAGACGUGAGUCAUAUGUACCAGCUUCCGGACAGAAGCUCACCUGCUGGCUCUGCUGACUUUGAUGAUGAUUUUGCUACUCAAAUUAAUGGUACAGAGACUAUAAUGUCAAGGCCACAAGAAACAGUAGAUGGGGAAGUAGAAACCAUCAACCAGAAUGCUUCACUGAAUAAUGAUGCUGAAGAACCAAAAUUAGAAUCUGACAGAGAUGAAGAUUCGCCAGACUCACUCACAGAAGGUCCAACUCUUUCAAAACAAAUCUCAACUCCAGUAAAGAUGAGAACUAAACUUGCUAAAAGUGUUUCCUCUCCAGCUAGUUCAGCAAGGUUUUCUCUGCAUGAUGAUGACGAUGAUGAUGAGGAAGAGGCUGUUGCUCAGGCUGCAAGACCAUCUGAUGACCAUUUUGGAGAUCAGCUUUCAAGAAGAGUUUCGUCAAACAUUAGUGGCACUAGUCUUCAGAGUGCUGACUCUCUCCAUAAAAGGGUGCAGGUAUUGUUAGCCAACACAGCAUAUGUAGAACAUCAUCCUCAAACAUCAUCUCAUUAUGGUAUUCCAGAUCCUGAAACUACUCCAAGGGAUUCAAACAUUCCUGAUGGUGGGUAUGAAGGAUUAGAAAUAUAUUAUGGUAAACUUCCUGACAGCCCUACUCGUAGCUAUAGGGGUACUGAGAGAGCUAGAAGCUUAGAGCGAACUGGUCGACAUUCUGAUGAAGCUACACUGUUCAGGCAAGGUUCACCUCAUUCAUCACCACCUUCAAGAACAACAUUAGAGAGACCUGCUACAAUUGAUUUACCAAUGGAUUUUGCCCGGGGUGAUAGACAGAGAUCGUUAAAUGAUUAUCCAAGCAGUAUUAGAGAUGAAGAGAGAUCAUCUCUGACAGCACCUGUUGGGAGGAGUGAUGUAAACUAUGAACCUGUGACACGUACUGAUCCAGAAGGUAGGAGUUCACGUGGAGACCCAGUAUUAAGAAGAAGGAUCGCAGCUAGGCUCUUGGAUGAUAGUACCGAAACACCUCCACUGAUGACAAGUACAAUGAGAAGUCCUCCAAGGAAUGAAGCUGCUAAUAGAUUAUUGACCAAUACAACUGUAUUCUCCACAGUUUCUACAGAAUCAUCUCCAUCUUAUGUCAGUUCAUUUGCUGAUUUCCAUAUAUCUACUAGUGGACUCAAUACAGAGACAAGAGAUCGCCUAAUAGACAUGCCUAUCUCAGGCAGAACUAGUAACACAGGGGCAGAGCUUGUAUAUGGAGUGCUACCCCCAACCAGAACAUCUACUUCAUUUCAUGGUAUAACAUCAGAAGGUGCUUCUUCUGCACCAACCUUGGAUACCACCACACAAGGGCAUGAUGAAUCUUUCACCUUGGCUGAUCGUGUACGUAAAAUUCUUGAAAAAGAAUCUCCAGUUCACCAUGCCUCCCAGAUAUUAGAUGAAGUUGAGUCUGGGGCUCUCAUGGAAACGAGAGACGAACGUGACCAUUUACCCAGAGCAACCUCAUCUUCAGUACCAACCCAACAAGGAGUGUCGCAAAUGGAGAAACAACCCAAGACUGUCACAACCCUACAAUCAGGGGUUAGCACAACAACUUCCCUGCCAUAUUCUCCAAUAUUGGCUACUGGUUACAAACCAUUCGGAGCUUCUGACUUUGCAAAGAAUCUUAUUUCAACACAAUUACAAAAAAUGUCUGAGAACCGGUUUGACCAAAGUAUAGAGCUAAGGCAACAAGUUACUGGUAUUAUUGAUAGGCACAUGGUUGAUCCAUCUGAAGUAACAAGUGGCACUCCACAGUUCAGAAGGGAAUCAAGAGAACGAACUUACUAUGAAGAAAGAGCUGAUGAUUCCACGGCUACAGACGAUGUUGUUCGCAGAGCAAUUCAUGAUGCAUGGACAGUGAGGGAUUCUCCUCCAGUUACUCCAAGACAGGUAGACUUUGGACUUUCAAGACAGCCAGUACCAUCUAGAGAAGAAAGGGAAGUCCCUCUUGGUGUUGAAGAAAGAGACACACUUUAUGGACUUUUACCAGCUUCAGCCAUGUCUUCCACAAGAACAUCUCCUACAACUUCCACUGUGAGAACCAGUUCUCAAGAUUCUCAUCCACCAACCAGCUUUACUACCACUACCUCCAGAGAAUAUACUGUUAUGCACUCUAAUGGUACUGGACCACUUGAUACAGGUGGAGCCUUUACUUUCCGUAAAUCUCUUGGAGAGCCAAAUACAGAUUCCAUUGGCACAAAUGACCUACCCAUGACACUAAGCCUGGCUAAGCCUCUAGAUUCAGAGAACACCCGAUCACCAACCCCAACUAAGCCAUACUCUGGCUCUUCAACAGAGAGAAGUGUUGAUUCAGCUUCAGUUACCCCACGAACGAGUGGUAUGUCAUAUAGACCAUACAGACCCCAUGGAAGUGCAGACGCAUUCCACAUGUAUCUUCCAGAACAUGAAGAUACUGCCUUGUCUCCUGGUCGGAGUGAAACCACUAUGGAAAGUACACACUCAGGCUCUGAUGAUGCAUUUGGUCCCUAUGUGCCACCCGAUUCGCUUGGAAGUAGGCAAGACCUAGUAACCAAUAAACAUCCCACUGGAAUAUAUGGUAAUCGCAGCGAGAAGAAAAAACAUGUCUGGGAUGCAGCUCAAGAUGCUAGCUUACUAACCAGCAAGAUAAGCGAGAAGAGUUUUGAAACAGACCAGUCUAUGGAGAUCCAUGUAGUUCCUGAAGAUAAAGAUAGCAGCACUGACAAUCUAAGAACAAAACCUGUCCGAUCAUUUAUUGAUUACCCAGAUGAUCUGAGAAGUAAGACUCCAGAUGAAGCUGCAAGUAAACUCCGUUCCACACCAGGUUCGACUGGAACGUCUCCAUUGCGACAACAAUCUGGACAACGUACACACGAUUUUAGAAAUGGGAACUUUUCGUUAGGAACUGAUAUUUCUGGUUUACCCGCAAGAUCUUUUAUUGAGUAUCCUUCAGAUUUGAAAAGUCUGAGUGAAAAUAGUUUCACAGUAACACCUGAUAAAGGGAAAAACAAUGGUGUGUCUCUACCAAAAGAGUCACCGAGAUCUAUACUAAAGAUGUCCCCAGUAAAAGACAAUGUUACGCCGAGACAAGCUGGAAUGGAAUCCAGAGAGAGAUAUCUGCAUGAACCGUUUUCCAUUUCACCCAAAAGAAGUACUGUAUCUCAGUCUCCAAGCUUUGUGAGUCAUUCGGAAAGACCUUGGGUUGAAACACAAGCACUACAACGAUCAUUAGGCAGUCGUUCCAAUGAAGUGAGAGAUCUUAUUGUAACAGGUUCUCCAGGAAGAAGAUUUGAUGGAAGGGACAGAUCUCCAAGUCAAGAGGGUGUUCCAAGAAGUGAUUCCCCAAUGUUCAAACCAAGCUGCAGUUCUCCUGGAAGAAAAAAUGGAAAACAGGAAAAACUUACAAGUAGUGAAGGUGUGAGAAGUGAAUCGCCAGUGCACCAACCUUCCACAACAACUUUUGAGGUAAGAGAAUCUCCUGUUAAGGAGCAUAACUUGCAUUCAUCUCGACCUGUUGGUGGCAGUGGUACUGAACAUGCUAAUCAGAAGCAUUCUGCUGGAGUGCAGCAAACGACACCACUGACAUCAUUUGGAAGAACUAUUCCAGAACAACCUCACAGAAGACCAGUUAUUGGCAGAGAUCAGACUCUUCAGACACGUGAACAACAAUUCCUGCCUCCGCAGGCAAGACAUUCUCCUUUUGAAGUUGAUUAUGCAAAACUGCCUGAUCAGCCAGUAACAUCUUUGCCAACUAGAGACUAUGCAACAAUGCCGUCAAUGCAAAAUAGAGCACUUGUGGACAGAAGCUACUCGCAUGUACCUGAUAGAGUUAGCCCAGAUGUCACUGGUGUAAAUGUAGAUGAUGUGGGCAGCCAGAUAAAUGAUGGUUACACAACAUGGCCACCAAGAGGUAUAGCGAGAAGAAGUACAGCUCCUUCACCCACAGUUCCUACAGUUCCAGAAGCACGACCACUCCCUGUGCCAGAGCCGAGCCCAAGAUAUAGCAGGCAAGUUUUGCAAGAGAUACUAGAGCAGGAAGACAGAGACGCGCAGAGACUCAACGACCUGUGGAACAAAUUUCAGGAAAUGGUGUCGGUGAAAGCUGACGAUACCGCGUUGACAGAUAGAAUGGAAAGAUUGGCUAGCCUUAUUCAGAAUCCAGUUCAGCAUACAGUUAGAUAUGCUGAGCCUCAAGGAUUCAUGGAAAUAGAUUCUGACACUAGCACAAUGAGUUCAUCGAGUACACGUGGUAGACAGAGAAGAAAAUGGCAGAAACAUCAUCAAUUUGUGCCCAAACUAGAGUCGGUCGAGGCAAUAGAACCAUAUCCUGUUCAGCCCAUGUCAAGGUAUGAGGAACCACCAACUGCAAGAAGUGAAGAUAGCUUCAUGACUAACGACACAUUGACGUCUGAACGUGUUAUGAAUGUUGUUAGACAUGUUGAAGGUACUGCACCCAUGCCAGUUCAACAACAGAGGAAGCCGACAACUGGACGUGAAGCAAGGCGACCAGAACAGGAAGUACGUCGAGCAGCACCGAUGAGAACUACUACAGAACCUUCAAUUGAUGCAAAACGAAUACAGGAGAUACUUGCUGCCGAGGCAUCACACAGUGAAGACCCGAGUUCUCUUACUGAUGCUUCGAUGGCUUCAAAUAUGAGCUAUGAAACUGAGCGGCUCUACAAGAUGCUGGGGCCGAGAGGGGUUCGUCAUCUUGGUGUCAAGUUAGCACGUCUGCAGAGACAGAUUGACAAACAGCGAGAACGUCACGAACGGCACCAGGCUAAAAGAGUUGAAAGGCAAAGACAUUAUGAUAAACAGAGAGUGUUCGAAAGUGAAAGUACUUUAUCAGCAGAAUCCAUUGACACAGAAAGGCUUGUGCGGGCAUUUGGACCAGAACGUGUCAAUAUUUAUGCCUCAACGCCGGUGCCAUCCACCGGACGUACUGCCGAAUUGCAGGAAUCUGAAAUGUCUCAAGCUAGUAUUACGACUGAAAGUACAUUAACAGAGGAGCGUGGUAGAUCUAGGCCUUGCCUCACAAAGGUUAAGAGUAGAGAUGAUUUUGAUGUGAGAUAUGGGUCAAGUAGCGAGACAAUCUCAAGUGAAAGUAGUGUGCAUUUCAGUAGGAAUAAAAGAGCGCGGUCAUUGCAUGACAUUGUGGGUGAAAAACAUUCUGAUGCUAGGGAGGUAAAGGCUUAUCAACGAAGAGUUAAGGAGACUAAGCCUGUAGAACGCAAGAAAGUUAAGCGAUUUGAAUAUUUUGAAAUUGAUGACGAAGGUUUCAAAAAGCCUAUUAAGCCAGCUGCAAAGAAAAUGAAUGCAAAUACAAAAACAACUGAUUCUGAUGAUACUUCAACUAGAGAUAUUGGUACUACUUUUCCUUCUCCUGAUGUGAGAACACGUAAAAAGAAGGGUGGUACAGCGUUUACAGUGACACUUGGUACGCAGACCACACCAAAAUCUGGAGACAAAGAGAAACCUAAAAGACCUCUCAAAGUAUUAGACAAACCAAAGCUUGGAAAAUCGAAAAUAUUUACUCCAGAGACGCCGGAUUCAACAGAACCUGUAAAAAUACGCCCGGCUCCACUUGCGUGGUUUCAACCAGUGGUUGCUUCAAAACCAUGGGAAGAAGAAAAACCAGCAGAACCAAUACCAUUAAAAGAAAAUAAAUCAGAAGAAGAGAACAAAAAAUCUUUACAGGAUGCUUUUGAAGAAAGAAAGAAUCAGUUUAUUUCCAAGUCGCGGGAACGUGUCAAACAUUUACAGCUGGCGGCAGAGGAACGAAAAAUAGCUGCACAUUAUGAAAGAGAGCGAUUGAAAUUAUUUGAAGAAAACAGAUUGAAAAAAUACAGUCCUAAUGUUCAUCCAUUAAGUGAUAAUCUUCAUCAACCAAAAAGAAGACAGAUGUCUAGGAAGGAAAUGAAGAAACAGACUGAGAAAUUGUACAGUAAACUUCCUGAAGUUGUUAGGAAAAAGGAGGAACAGAAAAAACAACAAUCUUACAAGACCAACCGACUCAGAGCUCAAAUCUACAAACAGAAAGUCCUUAAAGAGUUGAACAAUAAGCCAUGGACAGGGAUGCCGGUUCUGUGAAUAUCUACACAUCUGGGUAUAUUCUCCAUAAUCUGCAUUUCUCCAGUUUGAGAUCUGUAUCGCCAUAUUUUGUGUGACCAAUCAGGAUGCUGUUAAUUUUCACCAUUGUGCCAUUGUGAUUGGCUGGUUAUAAUAAAGUGAAUAGAAAAGUGUGGAAUAUGCUAUUACAAAUGUAUACUUCAGUGGACCCACCAAUCAGUGUGAGACACUGUAAUUUUGCAUUUAUAAAGUGUCUUAAUUAUUGAUUUGAGUAAAAUCCUAAUGACAGUGACAUUUGAAUUUCUAGAUAUAUCUGCAUAUCUGUAUUAAUUACACAUAAAUGACUGAUAUGUGAAUCUGUAUUUCAACCUACAUGUAGUUAUGUUCAUGUAACAUAAGGUUAUUCCGAGGAUACAAAAUGUACCUCAAAGUAUUCAUGAAGACAGUACAGCUGGAGUAUCGACCGACAAGCAGCGGAGUGCAUACUUUGAGGUAUUCUCGUAAUAACCUUAUUAUUAUACAUCUUUUCCUUUCAAGGAUACAUCAUAGGAAUGCCGAAAUCAACAAAUUUUAGAACAGAAUCAGCAAACUUCUUUGUGUGGAGUCCGGUCAAACCCUGGUGGCAGCCAUGUUUGAUUUUAUUAUUAGAGGACACUUACGCGCGAAAUCAUUCCAUAUUUGCAAUUCGCAUUUCCUUUUAUGGUAGGAUAAAAAUAACCUGUAAAAUACCGCAAAAUUAUGGCAUGCUGUAACUUAUGGCAUUACGGUGACAGAUGUAUAAUAAUAGCAUGUGAUAACUGACAUAAUAUAUCGAU